GGCCUGUGGCGAGCCAGCUGAUCAAGGGUGACGCUGUGACGGCGGAAUCCUUCGAGAGCGUCACGAUCUACUUCAGCGAUAUUGUGGGCUUCACUACCCUCUCGGCGCAAAGCACGCCUAUGCAGGUGGUAAACCUGCUGAACGACCUAUACACGUGCUUCGACUCCAUCAUAGAGGAGUUCGAUGUAUACAAGGUGGAGACUAUCGGCGACGCGUACAUGGUGGUGUCAGGCAUCCCCGUGCCCAACGGCGAUCUGCAUGCGAGAGAGAUAGCGCGAAUGUCGCUCGCUCUCCUGCACAAUGUGCGCUCCUUCACCAUCCACCACCGGCCUGAAGAGCAGCUACGGCUGCGCAUCGGCCUACACACAGGCCGACAUCUAUUUAUUGCCGCGAUCCACACCCUGCCAUUAAGCAAGCCACAUCCUGUGUUAUUGAGAGCGCGUGCACUGCCCCGCCAGCGACGAACGCGACCCUGCGUGGCGGGUGUGGUCGGGCUCAAGAUGCCACGGUACUGCCUGUUCGGGGACACGGUCAACACCGCAUCGCGCAUGGAGUCCACGGGAAUGGCAUUGAAGAUCCACGUAAGCUCGGCGACAAAGACGGUGCUCGACACGUUCAAGACGUUCCGGCUGGAGCUUCGUGGAGAAGUGGAACUCAAGGGCAAGGGAAUGGUGACGACGUACUUCCUACUGGGCGAAGACCCGCCACCUACACGGACACUGAACCAAGGACCAAAGACCAGGUGCGGCCAGGCCGGACAGCGGCAAGGUUCCUGAGAAACAACACCAAUGGUGGUCACCUUGCAGCACGGUGAAGUGCUUGCAAACGAGAACUGGACACACGAGAUUCUCUUUGUUCAUCUCCAACUCUCGAAGAUUCUUCCGGACUUCCUGCGCAGUGCUUCACAUUUUUCCCCCCUUCCGCACUUUUUCUUCCUGAUCCGUGUCCGCGCAACGUUUUUUCGCGUUAGCAACGGCAUCAGCACAUCCACACCAUGUCGAUAUAGUGAAGAACAAUCCCAAUAUGCGUGACCUG